AUGGGUGGUAUCACAGGCGUAGGUUCCCAAAUCAGAAGAUUCAUAUCAUUGAGAUUUGUUUCUGAGCCUUCGGACACCGUAACUGUGCGAGGCGGAUCUUUCCUACUCAACUGCUCAGCCACAGCUGACCAGAGUCCAGUGUCUAUUGGCUGGAGAAAAGACGGUGCCUUCUUAAACCUGGGCACAGAUGACAGAAGGCAGUUGAUGCCUGAUGGAUCACUAAUGGUACAGAACGUGAUCCACUCGAAGCACCAUCGACCUGAUGAAGGAUUGUACCAGUGCGAGGCCUCAGUAGAAGGGGUUGGGAUGAUAGUGAGCAGGACAGCUCGACUGACUGUGGCAGGUCCACUGAGGUUUGUUUCGCAGACAAAGUCAGUUUCGGCUUAUGCAGGAGACAUUGCCGUACUGAAAUGCGAAGUUAUCGGUGAACCCAUGCCUUCCAUUCACUGGCAGAAAAACCACAAUGAUCUGAAGUUAAGUGAUGAGGACACCCGUGUGUCUGUUCUCCCCUCUGGCUCAUUAGUAAUCAGUAAGCUUCAGACAGAGGACAGAGGGUCCUACCGUUGCCUGGCAGAAAAUCCUGGAAGCUCAAGAACUGGAAAUGAUGCUGAGCUUUACGUUUUGUCUGAAGCUGGUGUACCCAGACAAUUAACGUUCAUUCAGCGACCCUUGAACACAGCUGUCCUGGAAGGAAGAAACGCAGUUAUGGAAUGUUGUGUGUCUGGAUUCCCAACUCCUACAGUCACAUGGAAGAAAGGGGAUGAGCCUCUUCAGACCAGGUCCAGAAAGUACUCAAUACUGGCUGGAAGCAACUUGCUCAUCAAAAGCGUAACUCAGCAAGAUGCCGGGCUUUAUACAUGUUUUGCCAGCUCUGAGAAUAAGACAGUCGGUGCUUCAGCGGAACUCACUGUGAUGGUUCCUCCAAGCUUCCUAAAGCGUCCUUCCAACCUCUAUGCUUAUGAGAGUAUGGACAUUGAGUUUGAAUGUGCAGUUAGUGGGAAGCCAGUCCCUACUGUGAGAUGGAUAAAGAAUGGAGAAGUGGUGAUUCCCAGUGAUUACUUCCAGAUUGUGAGUGGCAGCAAUCUCCGGGUAUUGGGCCUGGUGAAGUCGGAUGAGGGUUUUUACCAGUGUGUGGCAGAGAAUGAUGCUGGGAAUGCGCAGACCAGUGGACAGCUAAUCAUCCCAGAGCCAGCCUUACCAAACUCUGGUGUCCUUCCCUCUGCCCCUCGGGAUGUGGUCCCUGUUCUCGUCUCCAGCCGUUUUGUCCGACUCAGCUGGCGUCCACCCACGGAAACACAUGGAAGUAUUCAGACGUACACAGUCUACUUCACCAGGGAAAGUGUUAACAGGGAGCGUGCACUGAAUACCUCCCAGUAUGGAGACCUGCAGCUUACCAUUGGAAAUUUGAAACCAGAAGAAACUUAUUUGUUCAGGAUCGUAGCCUACAAUGAUUUUGGACCAGGACAAAGUUCACAACCAAUUAAAGUUUCUACUCAGCCCGAGCUGCAAGUUCCAGGACCAGCAGAAAAUUUUAAAGUGGUUUCCACUUCACCAACCUCCAUUCUGGCCUCCUGGGAUCCCCCUGCUUAUGCGAACAAUCCAAUCCAAGGCUACAGGCUGUUUUGGACAGAGGUCACUGUCAAAAAAGAACAAAGCAUUGAUGUGGAUACUAUUAUUUACAAACUUGAAGGACUGAAAAAGUUCACCAAGUACAGCUUGCGAGUUUUGGCAUUCAACAGACAUGGAGCAGGUGUCUCUACCCGGGAUGUGCUGGUCACAACACUAUCCGAUGUGCCUGGUGCACCCCCACAGAAUGUUUCGUUAGAGGUGGCAAAUUCUCGUAGUAUAAAGGUCAGCUGGCUGCCACCACCACCCAACAUGCAGAAUGGUUUUAUUACCGGCUACAAAAUCAGGCACAAAAAGAUUGGCCGAAGGGGUGACAUGGAGACCCUGGAACCCAACAACCUAUGGUAUCUCUUUACAGGUCUGGACAAAGGAGGUCAUUACAGUUUUCAAGUUGCUGCCAUGACAGUGAAUGGAACAGGGCCAGCAUCUGAGUGGUUCACAGUGGAAACACCCGAGAAUGAUUUAGAUGAAUCCCAGGUUCCUGACCAGCCAAGCUCUCUUCAUGUCAGACCCCUGACUACGAGCAUUGUCAUGAGUUGGACGCCACCUUUAAACCCAAACAUAGCGGUCAGGGGUUACAUCAUUGGUUAUGGAGUGGGCAGUCCCUAUGCUGAGACAGUGCAGGUCGACAACAAGCAACGCUAUUUUUCCAUAGAAAACCUAGAGCCAAGCUCCCAUUAUGUAAUUUCUUUGAAAGCCUUUAACAAUGCAGGGCAGGGGGUCCCUCUGUAUGAGAGUGCCACCACCAGGGCAUUGUCAGAUGCCUCCACCCCCAUGUUACCACCUGUAGGUGUGCAAGCAGUUGCAGUCAGUCACGACUCUGUCAGGGUCAGCUGGGCAGAUAACUCUGUGCCUAAAAACCAGAAGUUGACAACAGAUGGACGUUUUUAUACUGUUCGAUGGAGGACAAGCUAUUCUGCCAAUGCCAAGUACAAGUCUGUCGAUGCAACAGCUUUGAGUCAUACUGUGACAAGCCUCAAACCUAACACCAUGUAUGAGUUUUCAAUCAUGGUAACCAAAGGGCGGAGGUCAAGCACAUGGAGUAUGACUGCACAUGCUACAACAUAUGAAGCUGCUCCCACUUCAGCCCCAAAGGACCUGACUGUGAUUAACAGAGAAGGAAAGCCUCGAGCUGUCAUCAUUAGCUGGCAACCGCCAAUGGAGGCCAAUGGAAAAAUCACUGGCUAUUUUUUGUUUUAUACUGUAGAGAAGAAUGCACCCAUUGAUGAAUGGACAAUGGACUCAGUGAGUGGCGAUAGAUUAACCCAUCAGAUCCUGGAUCUCAAUUUGGACACAAUGUAUUACUUCCGGAUUCAAGGACGAAAUGCCAAAGGCUUGGGACCUGUGUCUGAACCUAUUCAGUUCAAAACACCAAAAGUUGAACACCCUGACAAAAUGGCUAAUGACCAAGGUAGGAGUGUACAUGGAGAUGGAGCAUUUUGGCCAGCAGACACCAACCUAAUUGACAGGAGCAGCUUAAAUGAGCCUCCAAUUGGUCAGAUGCAUCCGCCUCAUGGCAGUGUGACCCCUCAAAAGAAUGGUAAUCUGUUGGUGAUCAUCAUGGUCUCCAUUGGUGUAGUUACAGUUGCAGUGAUCAUUGUUGUAGCCGUUAUCUGCACCCGUCGAUCUUCAGCACAGCAAAGAAAAAAGCGGGCAGCACACAGUGGUGGCAAACGGAAGGGCAGCCAAAAAGACUUGAGGCCCCCAGACCUUUGGAUACAUCAUGAAGAAAUGGAGAUGAAAAAUAUUGAGAAGCCCUCAGGCACAGAUCCAUCUGUAAGAGAUUCGCCCAUGCAGCAAAGCUGCCAAGAUAUCACUCCUGUCAGUCACAGCCACUCGGAGAACCAGCUAACAAGCAAAAGUGGCUCACAUUCAGGUCAUGAUCCUGAUGAAGUUGGGAGCAGUAUGUCCACACUGGAACGUUCUCUAGGAGCACGAAGGGGAACACGACCAAAGCUGAUGAUUCCCAUGGAUUCACAGCCCACCAAUUCACCUGUGGUAAGUGCAAUUCCUGUUCCGACACUGGAGAGUGCCCAAUACCCUGGCAUCCUGCCAUCUCCGACAUGUGGAUAUCCUCACCCACAGUUUCCAUUGCGUACCAUGCCAUUCCCCACACUGACUGUCGAUCGUGGAUUUGGCUCAGCCAUGCCUGAGGCUCAAACAUCACACCUUCAGCAGCCAGCCGUGUUAAGCCAGACACAGCCUGAGCACCCCUCAGGAGAAGAGGCUCCGAGCAGAACGAUUCCCACAGCCUGUGUCCGACCCACUCACCCGCUGCGCAGCUUUGCAAACCCCCUGCUACCUCCUCCUAUGACUGCACUGGAGCCCAAAGUUCCUUACACGCCUCUUCUCACCCAACCAGGUUCUAAUCUUACGCUGAGUCAUGGUAAGACGGCCUCGCUGGGACUGGCUGGAAAAGCGAGAUCUCCGCUGCUUCCUGUUUCCGUCCCAACAGCCCCAGAGGUCACAGAGGAGAGCCACAGGACAGAGGAUCAUUCUAAUGUGUAUGAGCAAGAUGACUUGAGUGAGCAAAUGGCCAGUCUGGAAGGCCUAAUGAAGCAGCUGAAUGCCAUCACAGGUUCGGCAUUCUAACCAACACCAACAUCUGCUAGAGAUAAAUCAACCAGGAGCCAGGCACUAUGCCAGUAUUUACCUACUGACCUUGGGACACCUAAUGUGUCCCCUUCUUCAACAACUUAUAGUUCAAACAAGAAAAUUUCUCAAAAGGACAUUGUUCUGUUGGCAACUAUUCCAUUGUUCAUCUGUAUAUAUACACCGUUUUAGAGUAACGUGCUGGAGUUUAGUGACUGGUUGAAUGUUUCACUUGCAACUAGAUCACAAGAAACUAUGCUAACUUUGAACAAGACUAAGGGUGAAUGGUGCACA